AUGUCCUCGCGUAUCGUUGCCUUCCCCUACACACCGUCCGCCGAUGCGCCAUUUGCGGAUGUCUGUUUGUCUGUAAAACCGGGUGCACGUCUGCGUGUGGUGCGCCGUGCCGCGCCGUGGGCCAUUGCGGAGGCGGAUGGGCGGAUCGGGAUAUUCCCUCUCGUCUUCACACGCGAUGAGCAUGAGGGGAAACUUGUGAUGCGCACCGCACGACAGGAUUCCUCAGUGGCCGCGUCGCUCCCGCCGGAGGAAAGCAUCGUGGCCGAUGACAAUGAUGAUGCAAAUGCAGAGAGUGGGGCAGCGACUCCCGCAGGAGCUGAGUGCCGUGCGGGUGAGGCUUCCUCUUCCCCCAAAAGCAAUAGCCAAUACAACAAGCGUAGUGGCAGCAACCACAGCAGUGACAGCAAUAGUGGAAGCAUCAGUGGAGCUUCUGCUUCUGAGGAACAUACCGGGACCCCUGAUGCUCUCUUCACAAGGGUUCUCCGUUCCACUGAGAGACAGGGAAGUACCCGGGGCGGCGGCAACCGUGACCGUGGGACUGGCGCAAUGCGUGAUAGCGUUGACGAAUCCGUCACAGAAGCUAAGCGGCGCGAGGCGGAGGAAAAUGAAGAUGAGAUCAUUGCCCGCAAUCGCCUCCGCCGAGCACCAAAGGAGGAAAAAGUUAACCGGCUCAUCUCGCUCAUGCAGCAAAAAGGUGAGGAGGACCCGGAGGUGCGGAACUUACGGCAGCAAUACAGGGAGCUGGAGGUGGAGCUGGCGUGGCUUUCCCACACCACGGACCGCGUCGGGGCGGAGCGGCAGCGUGUUCUUGACGCGCGUGCCACGUGUGUACAACAGCGUGCGGCGCAGCAGCAAGCCUUCGCGGAGGAGUUGGAGUCGCUGAAACACGUCUUCUCCUCUAAGAGUGCAGAUGUAGAGAAGCUGCAGAGGUGCGCCGCCUCUCUCCGCUCCAUCUUGCAAACGAAUGGUGUGGUUGAGGGUAUGCCGUCCUCCCCACACAGCACGUGCAGUGCACCUCACGAGCUGGAGGCGGAGGAAGGCGGCAACGUGCAGGAGCCGACGGAGGAGGAGUUGGCACAGAACCCCGUAGCCGCUGCGGAGGUGGAGGCACUCAAGAAGUGUGUUCACCAGGAGCAGGAGACUCUGCGGGACUACGACGAACAGCGUAGGCAACUGCGUGCCCGAAUGGAGCGGCUGCAACGCGUGCAGGCGGCGAUCGACGAGGAGUCGCGCGCCCUUCAGGAGUCAGAGGAUGCCCUCGACGUGGCGGCCCCCACCAGCACAUACACCGUCGUGCGCAACAGCGGUGCCGACGGCGGCGGAGGCGGCAGCAGCACCAGCGGCAACGCUGACGGCAAUAGUGCGCUGCAACUCGUGGGAAGCAGGCGGUCCUCCGUCGUCUCACAGAGCAGCGCGGGGGACGUUGACGUCGUGAUGUGCGACGGCUUUGCGUGGCCGGCCACGCUACCCGGACUAACCGCGGAGGAGCGGGACGCCAUGGAGAACUACCAGCGGCUCCUCCACAAGUACGAGGGGAAGCGGCAAAAGUGGAAGCAGGAGCAUCUGGAAACAAGGAGCGGGGCGUCGCCCGAUGUGGUGGAGAAACUGCGGUCGGCUUUAUCGACCGGCGACAAGGCGCUGAGUGAGUUGCUGUCACAGACCGAGAAACUGAAGGCGUUUGUGGAAAGAUAUGGCGCGGUGGCGGCGACCGUUAGCGAGCAGGUGGCGAUCAGUCGGAGGCUCCUUCAGCGGCAGCAGACGAAGUGCGAAGGGAUUCGCGCCCUCUACGAGGCUGCCAAAGCGGUGCACAACAGCAAAGAAGAAAACAGGGAGACAUGCAUGGAGGAUUUGAGACAGUCGAGCCCAUGA